AUGCCCAUAAUCGAAGCCCAUAUUGUUACUGAUACUCAACAUUCCCCAUUUUCCUCUUCUACUACUACUACUACUACUACUACUACUACUACUACUACUACUACUACUACUACUACUACUACUACUACUACUACUACUACUACUACUACUACUACUACUACUACUACUACUACUACUACUACUACUACUACUACUACUACUACUACUACUACUACUACUACUACUACUACUACUACUACUACUACUACUACUACUACUACUACUACUACUACUACUACUACUGCUACGACCACUACUACUACUGCUACGACCACCACCACCACGACGAUGGGAACGUUGAUGUGCCAUUUGUCAAUCAUGCCAGCUCAAUCCUUUGCCGCAAUACGACGGAUCGUGAAAUUCCAACGACAAUGGGAACCAGCACUUGUCGCCGUACUUGAUCGUGUCCUCUGCAGUCAGUUCUCCCGCAACAGUCAUGGAACCUUUCAUGUCACAGGCCCCAUUACGCACGAUCUCACACAAGAGCUCUUGGACGUAUUCACAGUGGCGAAGCCGCCUUGCUGUGAUUCAUCAUUGGAAAUCAUGAUGGCAGUGGUUGCUACGACAACGAGACGUGAAGUUUUUAUGAACUGCAUAAUGAUUGAUGAAGUGGACUGGAUGACUGGGAGACUAGAUUUAUCAAAACAAUCUCACAAGUUACCCAGAAAGCUCAAUGGUUCAGUGAUCAAGGAGAAAUCCUAA